ACAAAAAACCUGAUUUAGCAGCUGUCAAACAGAUAUUUGAUUCUUCUGAUGAUCAUUACCUGACAAUAGGAGCUGGAUUAAAAGUGAAGACAGCUGAUUUGAUAGAAAUGCCAGGAACAGCAAGUACCAAACUUCAUUUGGUAUUCCAGAGGUGGUUUGAUGCUGAUAGAGAUGUCAAUUGGGAUACAUUAAUAAAAUUGUGUGAUGACAAUCCUGAUAAACUGGGCAAAGCAAAAUCUAACCUUCUGGAACAUAUAGGCAAGGCAGGCUUGGCAGAAAGCAAUGGGACAGCACAAGCAAAUGCUAAAAAGCAAAAGAUUGAUCCCAAAGAACCAAUUGAUAGUGCAGCAACUGGUGAGGACAAGAGUAAAAGUGAGGACCAAAAAUCAGAUCCACCUCCUGAUGUCAGCAAAUAUUGCCCAAAACUGGAGGACAUUGAGCGAAAAAUUGAGAUGAAAACAAUUGAAGAGCUGACCGAAGGAGAGAAAGAGUUUAUAUCAAAGGUCCGUUACAUUCUGGUGACUGCCACAACCAUAGAAUACUGUGCUGUGAUGGGUUCAAUCGAUCCUCCUGGAGGUGAUGGUAAAUAUAUUAGAGUUAUCACAACAGAUGAAACUGGGAAUUUUAUCCUGGGGAAGUAUGGGUCGUGUAAUGUAGCAAUAACUAGGACAGGCCAGGGCCCAGAUGAGACUGAAGAUAUUCUUGUUUCAGUACAAAAUGACGUAAAAGCUGAUUUUGUCAUUGCUAUUGGGAUAUGCUAUGGAGCAAAGGAGAGCAAAACUGAGGAACUCAGUGAUAAAACAAAUUUAGGUGACAUUAUUGUUGCCAAAAGUAUUAUCGACACUGCACAUCAGCGUAUUGAAGGAAAAAAUACAAUUGUUUUAGCUACCGAGUACCAUUGUGGAAAGAAUCUUUUAAAAAAGUUCAAACACGACGAAGUCUUUAAAAUUGAAGGUAAAGCAGUUAAAGUUCAUCAUCAAGGCUCUCUGGCCUCUGAAUUCACACUGUUUCGUAGCAAAGAAGCAAAGGAAGAGAAACUAAAAUAUAUCCAAAAAGCACUUGGAGGAGAAAUGGAAGCAAAAGGUAUUCAUAAGGCUGCUGAGAGUGUAGGAUUUGAAUGGAUCGUAAUAAAAGCUAUAGUCGACUGGGGAACAGAAGAAAAAGACAAGAAGUGGCAACCGUUUGGAGCUGUCUCAUGUGCAAGGUUUGUCCUACAGCGCUUGAAAGAUCAACAAGGUAAUCAGGACCAAACUCAACAUGAUGAUCAGAAUGAUUAUAUCAGGCUUCAUGAUGAAGAAGGAACUCGUGACUCAUUAAAGCAGUUGAAUGAUAAUUUCUCUUUGGUAAUGAUGGACGUAGAAGAAGCCUUUGAUAAUGAAAUUCAAGAUAAUCCUAAAUUACUCAAAAAGAUCACAACGUGGCUAAGAUACAGAGAAGACUUAAAAUAUCAUGCUGAUACUAUUGCUACACUAAACAAUGUGUCUACUAUAGGUGAUGUACUCACAGCCAUACGCCCUCUUUUCGACUGUACUGACUGUGCAUUAUUAGUUAACAUGUGUCAGCAAUUUAUACCAAAUGCUAAAGAAGAAGUUUCAAAGCUUGAAUCUCAUCAUGAAAGAGCUAAAGAAUUUUGUCAAUCAACCACAGUACAACAACUGAAAGAGGAUCUGGAAAAAAAAUAUUGUCCACAUUUAGCAACAGAUUUAAAAACAUGCCCAAGAUUUUU